AUGGCUGAGUUCAGGGUGAGGGUAUCCACUGGGGAGGCCUUCGGGGCUGGCACGUGGGACAAAAGGUCUGUCAUCAUCGUGGGGACCGAAGGAGAGACCCUGCCACUGCCUCUGGACCAUUUCGGCAAAGAGUUCACCGCGGGCGCUGAGGAGGACUUCGAGGUGACGUGCCUCCAGGACGUGGGACGUGGGCCCGUGCUGCUGCUGCAGCGCGUCCGCGAGACUCCCCCCGCGCUGCUCCGUCCCUUCCGGCCCCUGGCCCCGGACGCCUGGUUCUGCCGGUUCCAGCGCACGCCGCCCCGGGGCGCCCCCCCCCCACAGUUCCCCUGCUACCGGUGGCUGGAGGACAAGGGGAGCCUGGUGCUGCGGGAGGGGACUGCGAAGAUCUCCUGGGAGGACCGCCACCCCACCCUCCCGCAGCGGCGCCAGGCGGAGCUGCAGGCCAGGCGGGAGACGUACAGCUGGAAGACUUACAUCCCAGGCUGGCCUCACUGCCUCAACGAGGAGACCAUAAAAAACCUGGACCUCAACAUCAGAUACUCUCUGGCAAAGAACAUCACCUUCUACCUGCGAGGCGGCUCACUGUUGGCAGAUCUGAAACUCAAAGGGCUGCUGGACCGCAAGGGGCUCUGGAAGAGUCUGGAGGAGAUGAGAAGUGUGUUCAACUUCCGGAAGACCCCAGCCGUGGAGCACGUGUUUGCGCACUGGUAGGAGGACGCCUUCUUCGCCCACCAGUUCCUGAAUGGGCUCAACCCGGUCCUGAUCCGCCGCUGUCGCCACCUCCCAAAGAACUUCCCUGUCCUUGAUGCCACGGUGGCCCCAGUGUUGGGCCCCGGGACGAGUCUGCAGGCUGAGCUGGAGAAAGGGUCCUUGUUCCUGGUGGAUCACGGCAUCCUCUCUGGCAUCCGCACCAAUGUCAUUAAUGGGAGGCCUCAGUUCUCCGCGGCCCCAGUGACCCUGCUAUACCAGCGCCCAGGGUGUGGGCCCCCGCCGCCCCUUGCCAUCCAGCUCAGCCUGACCCCUGGGCCCGACAGCCCCAUCUGUCUGCCCAGCGACGACAAGUGGGACUGGCUGCUGGCCAAGACGUGGGUGCGCAAUGCCGAGGUCUCCAUCCACGAGGCCCUCACACACCUGUUACAGGUACACCUGGCGACCGAGGUCUUCACUCUGGCUACGCUGCACCAGCUGCCUCACUGCCACCCACUCUUCAAGCUGCUGAUCCCACACACACGGUACAUGCACACCAACACGCUGGCCCGUGAGCUACUCAUUGCCCCCGGGAAGGUGGUGGACAGGUCCACAGGCCUUGGCAUUGAAGGUUUCUCUGAGCUGAUACAGAGGUACAUGGAACAGCUGAACUAUUCCGUCCUGUGUCUGCCUAAGGAUAUCCGGGCCCGAGGAGUUGAAGACAUCCCAGGCUACUACUACCGGGAUGAUGGGAUGCAGAUCUGGGGUGCAGUGGAAUGCUUUGUCUCCGAAAUGAUCGGCAUCUACUACCUGAGCGAUGAGUCUGUCCACCAUGACAGUGGACUUCAGGCCUGGGUGUGGGAGAUCUUCUCCGAGGGCUUCCUAGGCCGGGAGAGCUCAGGUGUACCCUCCUCCCUGGGGACACGGGAAGCCCUGAUACAGUACAUCACCAUGGCGAUAUUCACCUGCUCGGCCAAGCAUUCCGCUACCGGUACAGGGCAGUUUGACCUCAGUGCCUGGAUGCCCAAGCUGCCACCUACCAUGCAGCUGCCACCGCCCACCUCUAAAGGCCAGGCAAGCCCGGAGGGGUUCAUAGCCACCCUCCCACCAGUCAAUGCCACAUGUGAUGUCAUCAUUGCCCUCUGGGUGCUGAGCAAGGAGCCUGGAGACAGACGGCCCCUGGGCACCUACCCGGACGAGCACUUCACAGAGGCGGCUCCGUGCUGGAGCAUCGCGGCCUUCCAGAGCCGCGUGGCUCAGAUCUUGAGAGACAUCCAGGAGCGAAACCGGGGCCUGGAGCUGCCCUCUACCUACCUGGACCCUCCCAUCAUCGAGAACAGCAUCUCCAUCUAAAUCCCCUGGGGAAAAGGGCCCCACAUGACAUCCCUUUGACCCCAUAGCUCUAGGCUACCUGCCACCCAGAGAAAAGGACCCCCCAGAAAACCAGGCCCCCAUAUGCCCCUGCUGGGUCUGGUGUAACUCAUCCCCAACACACCGCAAAACAGAAACAAAAAAAACCCCGGAGAAUAAAAGCUCAUUGGAAGGCACCACUAUGCCUUUUGAAGACACCAAGCCUCAGAGCGCCUGCACACCCACAGCUCCCUGCAAGGGUACCAUGCGGGGAACACAGCCCUGCCCCCGAUCCCACUGACCACAGCUGAUUGGACCUAAUGGUCAUGCGGCUCAAGGGCAGCCUUCUUCCAGACUGUCCAGCAGCACGAGGCGUGGCCCGCCUGAAAACUGCUCGAGAGGUUGAUGGUGACCUAUGGUCCCAACUUUCAAAGGAACAACCCGCUGAGAAAGGGCCAUGGGAAGCAGGAAGACCUACUGCCGGGGACUUGCAGGCAGUGCCCACAUAUGCUUUCUAAAAGAACACACAUUGGGACUUCCCCGGCGGCUCAGUGGUUAAGAAAUCACCUGCCAAUGCAGGGGACACGGGUUCUGAGCCCUGGUCCAGGAAAAUCCCAUAUGCGGUGGAGCAACUAGGCCCGUGUGCCACAACUACGGGAGCCCACAUGCCUAGAGCCCGUGCUUCGCAACAAGAGAAGCCACCGCAACGAGAAGCCUACGCACUGCAACGAAGAGUAGCCCCCGCUGGCCGCAACUAGAGAAAGCCCACCGCACCAACAAAGACCCAACGCAGCCAAAACUAAAUAAAUAAAUAAAAUAAAAAAUAAAAAACAUACCCCAAAGUUAGACAAGAGACUUGCAUAUUAUAAAACAGUUUCCAUUUCCCGAGACUUAGGCAAUAUAUCAUUAAUCAUAGAUUGCCUUCUAGAUUCAAUUCUCAGUGGCGGAAUUCCAA